GUCUAAACGCGUGCUCCUCAUUCACUCACAUGUGUUCGCUUGAGUUUGGCCAAUCAAAUGGUGUUUUCACACACGGAAAGACCCUUCACAUUUGUAGAAGAUGGCGACUGCUGAACCGGAAAAUUCAACAAAUCCACCAAAUUCAGAAGAAGAAAAAAACGCUGAAAAUACGCAAGAGAUUGUGAGUCUGGAAGAUUACAUUAAACAUCCUCUGCAGAACAGAUGGGCUCUUUGGUUCUUUAAAAAUGACAAAAGCAAAACAUGGCAGGCUAAUCUCCGUCUCAUCUCAAAGUUUGACACAGUGGAAGACUUCUGGGCGUUAUACAAUCACAUUCAGUUAUCAAGUAACUUAAUGUCAGGAUGUGACUACUCCCUCUUCAAGGAUGGCAUUGAGCCCAUGUGGGAAGAUGAGAGAAACAAGCAGGGCGGCCGUUGGCUGAUCACCCUGUCCAAACAGCAGCGCAGAGCCGACCUGGACCGCUUCUGGUUGGAGACACUUUUGUGCCUUGUGGGAGAAGCAUUUGAUGACCACAGUGAUGAUGUCUGCGGUGCAGUCGUCAACAUCCGAACAAAGGGAGACAAAAUAGCGAUAUGGACGACAGACUACGAGAACAAAGAUGCUGUUGUACACAUAGGGCGUGUGUACAAGGAAAGAUUAGGUGUGCCACCAAAGGUCAUCAUUGGAUUCCAGUCACAUGCUGACACGGCCACCAAAAGUGGUUCCACCACCAAGAAUAUGUUUGUUGCUUAAGGAGCCUUUUAAACAGUGGGUAUUUUUUGAUAGAGUCUAGAUAUUAGCAAGAUUGUUCAUGCUAUAAUUUCAUUUCAGAUGCUGCAACAACAGUCUGAAUCUUGUAUCAUAUUCAAAUCUUCAUUGAAAGAGACAGAAAAAUUAAAACAAAACUGUCCUGGGAUCUGAC